AUGCAGAGAGGCGGAUGGGCUGAGGACACGGCACAGGAUGCAGCCGACAGGAUGUGCCGGUGGACUGGACUGGGGAGAGGGGCCGCCUCCCCCACGCCACCAUCCCGUCCCCCCCCGACUCCACCAUCCCGUCCCCCCACUCCACCAUCCCGUCCCCCCCACUCCACCAUCCCGUCCCCCUCACUCCACCAUCCCGUCCCCCCACGCCACCAUCCCGUCCCCCCACUCCACCAUCCCGUCCCCCCCCCCCCGACUCCACCAUCCCGUCCUCCCACUCCACCAUCCUGUCCCCUCACGCCACCAUCCCGUCCCCCCCACUCCACCAUCCCGUCCCCCCCCGACUCCACCAUCCCGUCCCCCCACUCCACCAUCCCGUCCCCCCACUCCACCAUCCCGUCCCCCCCCGACUCCACCAUCCCGUCCCCUCACUCCACCAUCCCGUCCCCCCCCCCGACUCCACCAUCCCGUCCUCCCACUCCACCAUCCCGUCCCCUCACGCCACCAUCCCGUCCCCCCCACUCCACCAUCCCGUCCCCCCCCGACUCCACCAUCCCGUCCCCCCACUCCACCAUCCCGUCCCCCCCCCGACUCCACCAUCCCAUCCCCUCACUCCACCAUCCCGUCCCCCCCCCGACUCCACCAUCCCGUCCCCUCACUCCACCAUCCCGUCCCCCCCCCGACUCCACCAUCCCGUCCCCUCACUCCACCAUCCCGUCCCCCCACGCCACCAUCCCGUCCCCCCCACGCCACCAUCCCGUCCCCCCCCGACUCCACCAUCCCGUCCCCUCACUCCACCAUCCCGUCCCCUCACUCCACCAUCCCGUCCCCCCACUCCACCAUCCCGUCCCCCCCACUCCACCAUCCCGUCCCCCCCACUCCACCAUCCCGUCCCCCCACGCCACCAUCCCGUCCCCCCCACUCCACCAUCCCGUCCCCCCCCCCACCAUCCCGUCCCCUCACUCCACCAUCCCGUCCCCCCACUCCACCAUCCCGUCCCCCCCACUCCACCAUCCCGUCCCCCCCCGACUCCACCAUCCCGUCCCACCCCCACUCCACCAUCCCGUCCCACCCCCACUCCACCAUCCCGUCCCCCUCACUCCACCAUCCCGUCCCCCCACUCCACCAUCCCGUCCCCCGACUCCACCAUCCCGUCCCCCCACUACACCAUCCCGUCCCCUCACUCCACCAUCCCGUCCCCUCACUCCACCAUCCCGUCCCCCCCACUCCACCAUCCCGUCCCCUCACUCCACCAUCCCGUCCCCUCACUCCACCAUCCCGUCCCCCCCCACUCCACCAUCCCGUCCCCCCCCCCACUCCACCAUCCCGUCCCCUCACUCCACCAUCCCGUCCCCCUACUCCACCAUCCCAUCCCCCUACUCCACCAUCCCGUCCCCCCCACUCCACCAUCCCGUCCCCCCGACUCCACCAUCCCGUCCCCUCACUCCACCAGCCUGUCCCCAUGACACCGCACUGUCUUAA